CAAGCUUCUACCACGGCCCAGCCAAAACAACCACUAAGCAACAGCAACAUCGCAGUCAGGAGACAAUGUCCAAGCAAUAUUUGACCACCCAUACGGUGGAUGACGCCCACAUCACAGACAUCUUCUCACUGGCCGCAACGCCAAGGACAUUGCUCUCGGCCAGCGGCUCUUCAACUCUUCACGUCCAUGACACUACGGACCCUUCCUUUCCUCUGAGACAGUCCAUUCCUGACGCCCACAAACUAGGCUGCCAUCAUGUCUGCACAUCACGCAACGGCCUGUAUGCUGCCAGUGCUGGCUUCGGAGGUGAAGUCAAGAUAUGGGAGCUGAACAAGGAGACUGGAGACUGGAGCAGCGGCGGUGAAAUCACGGGCCCAACCAUCAAGCCAGGUGAAGUGUGGGCGAUUGCUCUCAGCGAGGACGGAGGCUAUCUGGCAAGCACUACCAAUGACGGCAGGAUCAAUGUAUGGGAUGUCGCAGACCAGAGUAAAGCAAAGAUUCGGGAGUAUGAGACUGGGAGCGCGGGUUCAGGCAGCUUUGGCAUGUGCGUGGAUCUCAGCAGAGAUGGAAAGUUUACAGCCAGCGGGCACCAGAAUGGCUCCGUCUACGUGUUCAACAAUGACACGGGAAGGAUUCUAUACUCCUUGUCUGGCCUUGCCAAACCUGUCCGAGCCGUAGCAAUCUCGCCUGCCGGCACCAGGGUAGCCGCGGCAGGUGAUGCUGGCAUCAUUGCCAUAUACGAUACAAAGCACGGCGAACACGUCGGCAACUUGACGGGACACUCAUCAUGGAUCACUUCACUGGACUGGAGCGACACUGGUGAGUAUCUGCUGAGCGGCUCCAUGGACGGCAAAGUGAAGGUGUGGUCAAUCGAGCGCAGCGUUUGUGUUGCAACACAUAGCGAGACGGACAAGGCACUCUGGGCCGUCCGGUGGCUGCCCAAGACUGGGCGCAGCGAGAUGUUUUGCACGGCCGGCGCAAACAGGAGCAUUUCAUUCUACAGGGAGGCGACAGGCAGCUAGGCUUCUCACAGGCGGGCGCGGGAGCAUUAGAAAGGAUACACAGCAUGUUGAAUUGUGUAAUUGGACUUUCUGCUCCUCAUCCAACUCAUAAAGUUUACCACGUGAUUAGAUGUGUGAUUGCAACGAAAGAACAAGAAAUUGAAGCUUCAUGGCUACCACGUGACAUCGUUCCAGUCUCGCGUUGCCCCGCCAAACUUUAGCGCCAGUUUGCGCAU